AUGGCCCACGUGGCUGCUGCGGGCAAAAACAUUUUUAUGCUGGGCAGCACUUACCUGGUACAAAUUCAUGUAGAUUUGAUUAAGUUGACCAUAUGGUGGCUGGCACACGGGCAUUUUUGUAAGAUACAUGGAUAUGUUUAUUUUGUUAAACUCAGUAAAUAUCUCUUCAUACCUUUUUCAGGUUCACUACUGUUAGAAUCGAAGAUAAAUCCAAAUACUGCAUAUCAAAAACAGCAGGACACCCUGAUUGUUUGGUCAGAAGCAGAAAACUAUGAUUUAGCACUGAGUUUUCAAGAAAAAGCUGGCUGUGAUGAAAUUUGGGAAAAAAUCUGCCAGGUUCAAGGCAAGGAUCCUUCAGUGGAAGUCACACAGGACCUUAUUGAGUCAGAAGAGGAACACAUAGAAGAAAUGCCUGAAACGAGUCCUUUGAUCGACCUUCCUACUUGUGAACUCAACAAACUUGAAGAGAUUGCUGACCUAGUUACCUCUGUUCUCUCCUCACCCAUCCGUAGAGAAAAGCUAGCUCUGGCCUUGGAGAAUGAAGGCUAUAUUAAAAAACUAUUACAGCUUUUCCAGGUCUGCGAGAAUUUAGAGAACACUGAAGGCUUACAUCAUUUGUAUGAAAUUAUUAGAGGAAUUUUGUUCCUCAACAAAGCAACUCUGUUUGAGGUGAUGUUUUCUGAUGAGUGUAUUAUGGAUGUUGUGGGAUGCCUUGAGUAUGAUCCUUCUUUGGCUCAGCCAAAACGGCACAGGGAGUUCUUGACCAAAACAGCAAAAUUUAAGGAGGUUAUUCCUAUAACAGACUCUGAACUCAGGCAAAAAAUCCACCAGACUUACAGGGUACAGUAUAUUCAGGACAUCAUCUUGCCAACACCAUCUGUUUUUGAAGAGAAUUUUCUUUCUACCCUCACUUCCUUUAUUUUCUUCAACAAAGUUGAGAUUGUCAGUAUGUUGCAGGAAGAUGAGAAAUUUUUGUCUGAAGUUUUUGCACAAUUAACAGAUGAAGCUACAGAUGAUGACAAACGAUGUGAAUUGGUUAACUUUUUCAAGGAAUUCUGCGCAUUUUCUCAGACGCUACAACCUCAGAACAGAGAUGCAUUUUUCAAAACUUUGGCAAAGUUAGGAAUUCUUCCAGCUCUUGAAAUUGUAAUGGGAAUGGAUGAUCUGCAAGUUAGAUCUGCUGCUACAGAUAUAUUUUCUUAUCUAGUAGAAUUUAGUCCAUCCAUGGUCCGAGAAUUUGUAAUGCAAGAGGCCCAGCAGAGUGACGAUGAUAUCCUUCUCAUCAAUGUGGUCAUUGAGCAGAUGAUCUGCGACACUGAUCCUGAACUUGGAGGAGCCGUUCAGUUAAUGGGGCUUUUGCGUACUCUGAUAGAUCCAGAGAAUAUGUUGGCCACAGCUAAUAAAACAGAAAAAAGUGAAUUUCUCAAUUUCUUCUACAACCAUUGUAUGCAUGUUCUUACUGCACCACUUCUGGCUAAUACAUCAGAAGAUAAAUGUGAAAAAGAUGCAGUAGUUGGGUCCACUAAGAGUAAUACAAUUUGUCCUGAUAAUUAUCAAACGGCACAACUACUCGCCUUAAUUUUGGAGCUGCUUACUUUUUGUGUGGAACACCACACGUAUCACAUCAAGAAUUACAUUAUGAACAAAGAUUUGUUAAGGAGAGUACUGGUCUUGAUGAAUUCAAAACACACGUUUCUGGCAUUGUGUGCUCUUCGCUUUAUGAGGAGGAUAAUUGGCCUAAAAGAUGAAUUUUAUAACCGUUAUAUCACCAAGGGAAACCUUUUUGAACCAGUUAUAAAUGCUCUGCUGGAUAAUGGAACUAGGUACAAUCUGCUGAACUCUGCUGUGAUUGAGCUGUUUGAAUUCAUCAGAGUGGAAGAUAUUAAGUCCCUUAUUGCACAUAUAGUUGAAAACUUUUAUAAUGCACUUGAAUCUAUUGAAUACGUUCAGACAUUCAAGGGACUGAAGACAAAAUAUGAACAAGAAAAAGACCGACAAAACCAGAAACUGAACAGUGUUCCAUCUAUAUUGCGUAGCAAUAGAUUUCGCAGAGAUGCACGAGCCUUAGAGGAGGAUGAAGAAAUGUGGUUCAAUGAAGAUGAAGAGGAAGAAGGGGAAGCUGUUGUACCUCCGGUUGAGAAGUCGAAACAGGAGGAUGAUUUUCCAGAUAGCUAUGAAAAAUUUAUGGAAACUAAAAAAGCAAAGGAGAGUGAAGACAAAGAGAAUCUUCCAAAAAGGACUUCAGCUGGGGGAUUCAAAUUCACUUUUUCCCACUCAGCCAGCGCAGCCAAUGGUGCAAACGGUGCAAACGGUAAAUCCGUGGCAGCUCAGACAUCACCAGCAAGCUCCAAUGGCUCCUCCUCAAAGAACACGACCCUGAGCACGGCUGUGACGGCCGCCAAGGUGGGAGAAUUCUUACAGAAGUCUAGUUGGCCUAGUGGAUUAUCCUGAUGAUGAAGAUGAUGAUGAAGAGGAGGAGACAUCACCACGGAAAAGACCUCGUCUGGGUUCAUAAAUGAAACCAAAACUUUGGAAAAACAAAAAAAAACUUUUACUAUGGGGUUUCAAAUGCUGCAACUGUUUUAAGAGCUAAAAAGGUUCCGAUUCAGAAAGCUUUCUCCCAUGAGUAUAUAAGAUAAUACAAGGAGUAGCAAAAGAAACUCAGUAUCAGCUAGAAAGGGUUAGUUCUGUAAACACAAAGCUUCCAAGGAACUUAAUAUCUUUCUAGUAAAUAAGGAGUCUGCCAUUCGGGCUGUCAAAAAAAUUAAAUUUUUUUUUUAAAAAAUGUGGGUUAGUAUUCACAGAACCUGGAUGAUGGCUUCUCAGCAAGGAAAGUCUCAGGUGUCAGGAGGGCAGGGGGAGGGAGAGGUAUGGUAAACACUUUUUAAAAAAUAUUGCAGGGUUUCCGCAGUGUUUAACGGAACUAGG